AUAACUGCAGUCAGUUAAAAGAAAGUGAACUGAUCACCGUAGUAUUUCCUUGAUUCAUUAUUCGUGCAUGCUUAAGUGAUUUGUAAAUUCCUUGAUAGCGUGAUAGUGUGCAUAGAAACGAAAAGAGGUGAAAACAUGGCGAAACAACGUGUGAAAUGAUUAGAAUCGCUUUUGAAACAAAUAAUUACUCGAUCGGAAUGACAACUAAUGAGGAAUCCGUAGAUGACAGUCUCUUAGAGAGAUUCAUCAAUAAGGAUGAAAAUAAGGUUGCAAAUUGCCGGAGCAGUGCAGAUAAUAUCGAAGAGCAUAAAUUACGACAUGGUACGGAUAGUUUUCCGAAUAUCAAUGAGAGACCGGUUGACGAUAUUUCGAUUGAAUUUUUCUACAAACCACACAGCAUUACAUUGCUUCUCAUUUCGAUCGGUGCUGUAAUAUAUUCCGCGUUCACAAGGAAUACUACCAAUGUCGAGGACAACAUUUGGGCAGGAAUACUUUGUAUUAUAUUCUUUUUUCUAAUCAUAUCAAUACUUACAUUUCCAAAUGGUCCAUUUACAAGACCUCAUCCUGUUGUAUGGAGAUUGGUAUUUGGUUGUAGUGUACUAUAUUUAAUGGGUCUAUUAUUUAUGCUGUUUCAAGAUUAUGAAACAGUUAGAAAGAUCUUCGUUUGGAUAGAUCCUCGUUUGGCAUCAUUUCACAUUGACAUGGACAAAGAAUACGGUGUUAAUUGUUCAGAAAUCACAGUUGAAAAAAUAUGGAAUCAUUUAGACAUUUUUGCAGUAGCCCAUUUCUUAGGAUGGACCUUUAAAGCAAUUCUUAUUCGUCAUCUUGGUAUUCUUUGGGCCAUUAGUGUUAUGUGGGAAGUAACAGAAAUAGCAUUUGCUCAUUUACUACCAAAUUUUGUGGAAUGCUGGUGGGAUGCUUUUAUACUUGACGUUGUUGUCUGCAAUGGUUUAGGUAUUUGGGUCGGAUUAAAAAUUUGCUCUCUAUUAGAAAUGAGAGAAUAUAAAUGGGUAAGCAUCCUUGAUAUUGAGAGCACAACUGGAAAAUUAAAGAGGGCAAUGCUACAAUUUACUCCUGGUAGUUGGACUGCUGUUAGAUGGUUGGAUCCAACUUGUACAUAUAUGAGAUUUGUUGCUCUAUGUCAGUUGGUUAUAUUCUGGCAAGUUUCAGAGCUAAAUACAUUUUUCUUAAAACAUGUAUAUGAAUUUCCACCUUCUCAUCCAUUUGUUGUGGCAAGAUUGGUAUUAGUUGGAGUAAUAGUUGCACCCUCUGUUAGGCAAUACUACAUGUUUGUAACAGAUCCAACAUGUAGUAGAGUAGGGACUCAGUGUUGGGUCUAUGGAGCAAUUAUGGUUACAGAAGCUUUGCUAUGCAUAAGGCAUGGUGCUGCAUUAUUUGAACGUACUCAAGCACUGAACAUUCUUUUAUGGCUACUUUGCCAGUCUCUAGUGUCAGUUCUUUGUGUCUAUGGCUGUGUUCUAUGGCAUCGGUACUUUGAGACAGAAAAGAAAGCCUCUUCAAAACAAUGUAUCACUCGAUUAGACAACAGUCAUAUGGAUAUAACCCCUAGCAGUGGGGACAUGGUUCACUCUACAAAAUCUAUGGGUUUGCUGAAAAAAAAGCAGUUGUGAACAGACCCACAAUAAAGAACAUUCGAUGUAAGAGUGAACUAUUUACAAUUUACAUUGUCAACUAGUCGCAUCAUAAAAUCAUAUAAAGUCAAAAUUUUGAAUAUAAUAGACUGUUGAAUAUAUGAUAUCAUCUGAUUUUUACAUACUGCGCUUGUUUGCGUAUGAAUGUUAUGAAGAAAAAUGUUCCCGUGAGAAUAAAUGAAAAGCGUCGUUACUACGUAAUAACGCUUUCUUAUAAAGAAAA